UUUGCGGGCCACGUCGUUGCCGUCGUCGAGCGCAUGACUGGCCAAGCUUUUCUCUGGCACGCUCGGACUGCUCCGGCGUCGUCUGCUGCUACCAAGGAAAAGCAGGAGGCGGAACGUCGCGAGCGUGAAGGUGAUCGGGGUGACGAACCCCGUCGUGCCCCGAUCGAGCGCCCCAAGAUCGUCUGGUUCAAGCCUACCGACAGCAACUCAGAGAGCUAUGUCGACAAGCUGUUUGUGGCUUGCAUCAAGCGCCACCCCAUCAGCUCUCUCCAUCCGUUCGGGACCCUGGUCGAAGAGCUAGGACCGAUCGGCGACAUUGAGGUCGAGACUAGCUUGCCUCUACCCCUGGACACGGCCAAGGACUUGGAUGACGCAGUCUCAGUCAAGCUGAACGAAGACGGAACGUACGAUGUCGGUGUUCACAUCGCUGACGUAUCUUUCUUCGUCAAACCCAACACUGCUCUGGAUCGGGAUGCUCGCAAGCGUGCCACGAGUGUGACCUUUCUCGUGCCUGGCAAGGAGCGAUUGGCCUUUUCUGCGGUCUUCACGAUGACUGGCGAAGGAGUGGUGCUCAAGAAGUGGUUUGGAAAGACCGUGAUCAAGUCUGCAGCCCAGCUCGCAUAUCGAGACGCCCAGAACGUGAUCGAGGGCAAGUCGUUGGGGAGCGUUGCUGUUGCAGCUGAGCAUGCCGCCGUCGACAUCGAGCACGACAUCAAAAUUCUUGAGGUUUAUGCUCAUGACAACAUCGCUGUCGCGCAGCAGAUUGCUGUCCACCUUCCUGAGCAAGCGUUGCUCCGUCGACACGACAACCCGAUCGAACGCCGUCUGGUCGCCUUCACUGAGCGUGCUCAGAGACUGGGAUACCAAAUGGACACAUCGUCAGCUGGUGCACUGAUGAAAUCAUUUGACGCAGUUGCCGAUCCUACUGCUCGUCGUCUUCUUCAAUUACUCUCGUUCAAGGCUACGCAGCGAGCCAAGUAUUUCUGCGCCGGCAUGCUUGACAUUGCCAAAUACAGUCACUAUGCCUUGAACACUCCGCUCUACACCCACUUCACGUCUCCCAUCCGUCGGUAUGCCGAUCUCAUGGUCCACCGCCAGCUCGAGUCGGUUUUGCAGGGCGCUGCCAGCGCCGAGCCCAAGUUCACCAUGGAUCGCGAUGCUGUAGCCAAGGUUGCCCAGCAAUGCAACAUGCAACAAACGAGAUUCAGCGACGCUCGCCCAGGAACAAUCUGCGCACUUGUUCCUCUGUGUCCUGAUCGCCGAUCUGACUCAGCGCUUCGGGCCUGUUGUCCGACAGGCCAAGGUUGUGGGUGUCCUCGAUGCGGCGUUCGAUGUGUUGGUUCCGAGUUCGGUAUCGAGAAGCGUGUGCAUGUCGACCAAAUGCCUAUCGACAAUCAUGUCUACGAUGAUCAUACCCACACGUUGCAGAUUUACUGGUCAACCCGCGAUGUGAUCACGUGGCUUGCUGAGAACAGCGACGACGAGCACCUCAAGAAAGUCAAGGAGAAUGCCGAGCAGCAUGCGGUCAAGAUGGAGGUCGCGUCUCGCUCUGUUCACGACGAAAGUGCGCUGUUCGACGAGGACGAGGGUGACGACGACGAGAUCGUUCUUGGUCGGGCCGAGGUUGCUCCCUCACCUCCGGAGACAUCGGCGCAGCGGCUGUUGUCAAUUGCUAAGGUCCAGCCCCAAUUCGAAGGGCUUCGGACCACUGCUGCGGGCCACAAGAUCAGGACAUCCGCGAGCUCAUGA